CAAGCCACAGCGAGUCGCACUAAGCCGAGAUCAAACCAUCCCGAUUGCAGUCUAGCGCGUGAUCCCCAGAUAAUGUACCGAACGGUUACUCUCGGAGUUACAGGCACUCCCACAAACAUUCCAAGGGCUUAUGUACUCGUCCAUGUCCCUCUCUGAUCAUGUCUUGGUCUGAAAAUUUGCUGACCCUGCCACGAUGAGUUCAAUGUCUCGCGAAGCUGCUCGUUUCUUCUGUCGGUCGGCCACAACGGCGGUGAAUCGCUCGCCAAUCGCCGCCGCCGGCUCUACAUGUCAACAUUUCAGCAGGACGGCUUUGCCGAGGCGUGAACAAAGGAGGGGGUUUCAUGGCUCAAGAAGUUUGAAAGUUGUGAAGCCCUAUCUGCUGGCGGAUAUUGGGGAGGGUAUCACGGAAUGUCAGGUCAUCCAGUGGUUUGUCAAGCCCGGGGCUCGUGUUGAGCAAUUCGAUCCUAUCUGCGAAGUACAGUCUGACAAAGCGUCUGUCGAGAUCACAUCACGGUUCGAUGGUGUGAUAAAGAAGCUAUACUACGAUGCGGACGACAUGGCCAAAGUCGGAAAGCCCUUAGUAGACAUUGACAUCCAAAGCGAGAUCUCGGAAGCGGACGAAGCCCUGCUGAAAGACGGAUCGGAACAACAAGCGGAAAAGGACGCACCCAAACAGGCUGAGCCGCAGAAACAACAACUAGAGGUUGGAAGGAAUGAUACAAAGGUUGUAGCAGAGGACAUACCAGUUCCACAACCAUCACAACCGUUGCCCGCCGAGCCAACGACAGACGAACCGAAACCUCGGCGGAAACUGGGGACGCAUGCUUCCCUAGCUACACCUGCAGUACGGCACAUGAUAAAGGAAUUUAAACUAAAGAUAGAAGACAUAGAAGGAACAGGCCGAGAUGGUCGGGUUCUCAAGGAAGACAUACAAAUACACAUGCGAGCCAAGGAGACCACUGGCAAUGUGACAGUGCCUUCUACUGCAACCACUGUCACGAAGCAGGCAAAGGAUGAGGCCAAACCCCUAACACCGAUUCAAUCUGCCAUGUUCAAACAGAUGACACGCUCACUAUCGAUCCCACACUUUCUCUACACCGACAACGUCGACUUCACAGCGCUCAACGCCCUGCGCAAAAAGUUUAACGCUCAAAAGGAGAAAGCCGACCGUCUUACUUUCUUCCCAUUCAUCAUCAAAGCCGUGUCGAUGGCACUACAACAAUUCCCUCUGUUGAACGCACACCUCGACACGACCACCAACCCCGAAAAACCCCAGCUCCUACUCAAAGGCUCGCAACACAUCGGCGUGGCAGUCGACUCACCCUCGGGCCUCCUCGUCCCCGUCAUCCGAGACGUCCAAUCGCUGUCCAUAGAAGCAAUCGCAGCAGAACUCACUCGCCUCAGCACCCUCGCUCGAAACGGAAAACUCACAUCGGCUGACUUGAGCGGUGCAACAUUCACCGUCAGCAACAUCGGCAGCAUUGGCGGGACCGCAGUUGCCCCUGUCAUCGUCACCCCUCAGGUCGGCAUUCUGGGGAUAGGAAGGACAAAGACGGUGCCCGCGUUUGGCGAAAAUGGAGAGAUUGUGAAGAAGGAAGAAUGCGUGUUUAGUUGGAGUGCGGAUCAUCGAGUUGUUGAUGGAGCAAUGGCUGCCCGGUGUGCCGAGGCUGUUCGCAUCAACCUGGAACAUAUAGAAAACAUGCUUGUCAGACUUCGUUGA